GAAGACCACUGCUCGGAGUAACUGUUUCUCUAGAUCUAUGUUUAGCUGACACCAAAUCAACAACCCCAUCACCCAAGGAGUUGAUCCAAUUGUCCUCUGUUUUCCUGGGAAUGUGGUGUGACAACAAAGCUUUCAGAGGAGAUGGGGCUCAAACCGUCAUACUACUACCUUCAUGCAGCCCACUGUGGGUUGUUAUCUUUCCCCGCCAGCAGCUGAGGAAUAGUCAAGGGUCACUUCUGGUUGCCUUUUCUUCCUUCCUGUUCCUGCUCAGGGUCCGGUCAGUGAUGAGUUUUGCAUAAGUGGAGGGUGACCUUUCCCCAGAGUCAGGAGACCUGUCCCUGGGCUGCAGGAUGAGAGGGGCCUUGCGAAGGGAAGCGAAGGAGGAACUCUGGGUGUGGACUCAGCUCUGAGUUAGUUGAGUAGAGGAGUACCUCAGCAUCUCUUCAGGACAAAGGCUGAGGGAGUCUGAAACCAACUGUCAGACUUGUGUACCACUGUCAAGAGCUGGCGAAGCAACACACUUAAUUGAAGGUGUAACCGGUGUGCUGUCUUGGUCCUUUCUCUACUCCAGCAAGAGUCCUUCAGCCAGAUUCUGAGCGGUAGGUGGAUCGGUGUCCUGGUAACCCACUUGAGACAGCGUGGCAUGCCUUGACAAAGAUGUUGGGAUUUUAUUGUUUAUCCCCAUUUUCACCAACCAACAUAGCAUAGGAAAAGAAAAAAAUUAAACGUUUGAGAGUAAGAUGGGCUUUAAUUCAAACUUGCCAGUGCUACUGAUGAACUCUAUAACUUUUGGCAAGUCCUUUCAUCGCUCUUAAACUCAGUUUUCACAUCUAUAAAAUGAGCAUGAUGCAAUUUACUUGGCAGAUUUGUUGCAAGCAAUAGUUCUUCGGGCUAUUUUGAAAUCCUGUUGUUUGUAUCUUAUGAAAUUAUUAUUUCACCAUUGGACUCUGAAGACUGUGAAGAAAUGUACAGAUAGCAUUUUCUUUAUCUUUGUAUCCUCAACAUCUAACAUGGUAAAUAGCUGGCACAUAAUAGAUGCUUAAAUGUAACCUUCUCAGAACGGUCUGCCCAAAUGCUUCAUCUAGGCAGGCGUCUCCUUGUUAUUCAUUACACAAUGUCAGUUUCUUCAUAGCCUCAAAAUGAUAUCUUGCCUGUCAUCUGUCUCCACACUAGGCUGUAAUUUCCAUGACGUCAGGCGGUGUCUGUCUUGGUAGUCAGAGUCUAGAACAGUGCCUGGGCCGGAGUAAGGGCUCAGAACAUAUUUGUUGAAUGGAGAAAUAAAGGAACGACAGCUGUUUUUUACUACCAGUAGUAGCAGUAGUUACAGGAUGAAUCAGAAUCAUCCCAAACAGAUAAAAAUUAAUCCUCUUUGGAAAGCUCACCAGGAAAGGUGGGAAUGAUCAAAAGCCAUUCAAGUUACCGCCUACAGACUUCUGCCUGAGAACCUGGAUUUAGGACCAGUGAUUUUCUUAGGCCUCCGCUAGGAGGCCCUUCAAGCUAAACUGAGCAGAAUGAAUGAGGUUUUAUGAGGUGGACAAGAGCUGCCUCGGAGCCAGCACUGGGGCCCUGCGAGGGGGGGAGGGGGCACACCCUCCCCUGGGUUCUCCUCUAUUGAAAGGCUCCAGACGGCUUGGGCCCUGCGCCAAGCUGCUUGGUUCCAGUGGGAAAGCUGACCUUGGCCAGGAAGAACCAGGAAGAGGCACAAAUGACUCAUUGUCCCACAUCCUCCAAGGAAAUGCUGUUUUUAAAAAGAAGAAAAAAUACCUCGCCCGUCUAAAUUUCAGGGCAAGCCUUUUACCUCUACUUGGAACGGUUCCUGAUUCUUCCAGAAGCACGGCUAGGGAAGGAAGUUGGAGAACACAGAGGCAGCUGCUUCCCUCUUCCCCUGUCCUUUUGUCCACAUGGGAUGCAGCUGGCCAAGCUGCUGAGCUGGCCCACGGGCCAGAGCCCAGAGCUCGUCCGCUCCGCAGGGGCCACGCCUGGCCCAACAAGAGAAUCACCUCGGAAAGGGCCUGCGGGAUGCUGAAUUUGGGCCUCUCUGGUUUGAGUUCAGCCUUUGCUGAGAUUCCUUCCAAGGAGUCUCGUCUUCUGCCCUUCCCUCACAAGCUAGCGGUGGCCGGAAAUCCUCAGAAAAGUGCCAGGAAGGGUCAGGGGGCAGCUGGGGCUUGAACAAUUAAAAAUAGGGCUUCCGGGCAGGCAGCCAUGGAGAUC